AUGGGGGAUGGGAUGCGGAAUGAGGGUCCGUCGAAUGAGGAGCUGCCCGCGCUGUUCUGGGACGAAACCCCCGAGCGGCCGGAGGAGCACCCGGACUACGCGGCGCUGGAGGCGCUGAGGGAGGAGUCCACCCCAGAGGAGAACGCGGAAAACUACAAGAACCAGGGUAAUGAGAGGAUCAGGGUUGCCAACAAGUUGAAGAAGAAGUUCUACUUCCAGGAAGCCAUAAAGUACUACACGAAGGGCAUCGACAUCAAGUGCAAGGACGACAACUUGGUAUCGACCCUGUAUGGCAACCGGGCGCAGGGCGAGCUGCUUCUCGGCAACUGGAGACGGGCCCUGAAUGAUGCCCGGCAGGCCAUCGAAAUCAAUCCAAACAACUUGAAGGCAUACUACAGGGCGGCCAAAGCAGCAUUAAAGCUGUCUGAGGCCCAAGUUGCGAUUCAGAUGUGUGAGGCAGGACUGGCACUUGACCCAGGCAGCACCGACUUGCAAAAGAUGCUGGAGGAUGCAAGACGCAGGCAUGGCGAGUUUCUGGCUGCUCAAGAAAAGAAGCGAAAACAGCGGGAAGACGCGGAGAAGCUGGCGGCUGCCAUGAUGGGCAAGGGCAUCAAGUUCUGCCCUGAGGAGUACAAAGUGGCGGGCGCGGCCCCCCGGCUGGACGAGUCCGGCCUGGUGCACUUGCCGCUGCUGUUCAUCUACCCCGAGACCAUGCAGCGUGAUGUGGUGCAGGACGCCUGCGAGGCCGACACGCUGGCGGAGCACCUGGACGUGAUGUUUGGGGAGGGCGUGGAGCCGCUGCCAUGGGACGCGAAGCGUGAGUACGUCAGGAGCAACAUCGAGCUGUACUACCUGGCACACGCCGGCGCCCCCCUCACGCAGUCCCAGCUGGCCUCCGCCCUGGAGGGCGAGUCGGCACCCGCGCGAAGCGACGCCGGCCCAAGGCGGUACGGAAAAAAUGCCGCUUCGUGGGUCAAGGUCAACGAGCGGUCAACGCUGCUGGAGACGCUGGCGGCGCCAGACCACGUGGUGCCUGGGGCGCCCAUGUUCUUCGUCGUGGCGGGGGGCUCCGAGUACAGGGACAGAUUCUUGAAAUAUGGCGUGGAUUCUCUGUGA